CGGUGUCAACAAACGAUCCAACAUGGAGCCGCUCAGCAGCUCGAAGUGAGCACGAGGAUCAUCAUGUCUGAGCCUGGCGGUGAGGGGGGGUGUGUUCGGUACUUCUGCACCGCCGGUAACGGGAUGGAGCCUUUUCUGACGGAGGAGCUGCGGAGGAAGCUGGAGGCGGAGGAUGUGACCCAGCUCUCAGGGAAGGUGUUGUUCAGCUCGUCGGUGAGGAUCCACAGAGUCGUGGAGCUGAAGGCUGCAGAGCGACUCUUCCUCCUGUUGAAGCACGAGGCGCCGCUGCAGCUCUGCUCCCUCACCAGCCCAGCCAAGGCCGCCGCUGUGCUGAAGUCCAGACUGCUGGGCGACAGGAACCAGUGGACCAGCGCCGCGUUGACGUGGAGUCGCCUGCAGGGGGAACUAGCUCAAGGAAGAAGAACCGCUGCCAACACGUCGAGCACCCCCCAGGGGGUGAUGAGUAGGAAAGAGGAGGGGAGAGGGAGUGAAGAACAGAUGGAAGAGGAGGGAUGGUGCGAGAGUGGAAAGAGAGCAGGGGAACAGAGGGAAGAGGAAAGAGAGACCAGGGGGCUGAGAGGAGGUGAAGAUCCAGAGGAAGCACAGACUCUGGAGAAGAAGAGGAAACGAGAGAUGAGCAGAGAAAACUGUGGAGUUGAAGAGCAGAUGCUGGAGAAAAGGAUAAAGAGGAAGAACGACGAGGAGGCUGCUGAGAAAGAGAGACAGGAUGAAGAUGAUGAAGAGGAGAGGAGGAUGAUAAGUAGCAGAGGAUCAGUGCAAAGUGGCAGCAAGAAGAAAAACGACUUGGCAGAGGACUGCUCUGUGGAAAACAUGGAACAUGUAAAACCUGCAGGAGGAGCAGAUCAGAAACCAGCUCAGCUCAGCAGGAUCACACCAGAGAUCACUUCCUCUGUCACGCUCUCGUUUCGGAUCAGCUGCAAGUGCACGGGAUCUGUGUCUCGACUCUUCAGCUCUCAGGAGGUGAGCAGAGUGAUGGGCGUGGGAUUGAGCCGAAUGAUGAGCUGGAAGGUUGAUCUGAAGAAUCCACAGCUGGAGGUGAAUGUUUAUCUGAGUGACGACCUGUGUCUGCUGGGGAUCCCACUGAGCAGGUUACCUCUGGCUCACCGCAGCUACAUGAAGACCACCGGGCUGAGGUCGACGAUCGCCUGGGCCAUGGCGUCACUGGCUCACAUUCAGCCAGGCUUCUGUGUGCUGGACCCGAUGUGCGGAGUGGGAACCAUCUUGAUAGAAGCAGCGCAGGAAAACAAGGCCGCCUGUUUCCUGGGCGUGGACAUUGAUGACAGACAGCUGCAGAAGGCCAAUGAGAACAUAGAGUUUGCAGAAUUGAGGAAGAGGAUACAGCUGCUGAAAGCUUCGUCUAUGGCGCUGCCUCUGCCCAGCGCCAGCGUCGAUGCCCUGAUCUGUGACCUCCCGUUUGGCAGGAAGUUUGGCACCAAAACAAACAUGGCUGCCAACCUGCCAGUCAUUGUCGCAGAGAUGGAGAGAGUUCUCCGAGUGGGUGGAUCCCUGGUUCUGCUCCUGAGUCCUCAGUUGUCCUUUCUCCUGAAAAAACUCCUGGCUCCAAAAGACCCGAUGCCUCAACCUGGAACCAAAGACUGUCCGUGUCCUCCUCUGUCUUCUACAGAGCAGCAGACUGUCCAAACGCAGCAGGGAGUCAAACCCUCACCUCCCCAGGAAAGAGACACUCAGACUGGGCAACAACUGCCUCCACCCCCCUCCUCUCUGAAGCACCACACAACUCUGAGAGUCAGUUUAGGUGCCAUAGACGGACUCAUCCACAAAUAUGUUAAAGUUGAUGCUUGAUCUGUGUUGAUGGAAGUCACAUUUUUUACUUUUUUACUUGCCAGGUUUUAUUAGAACUACUCUACGACACAUGUGUAUUUGUUUCCAUGUGGUUUUUAUUGUAAAUUUCUUGAAUAAAUACAUGUUUUUUU